AUGGAUCUAAAUGAGUUUUUAAAAUACAACAACUUAAAGAUAUCAAAAGAUAAAAUAAAAAAUUUAGAUAAAAAUAAAAUAGGAAUACUUAUAACAAAUUUAGGUAGUCCUGAAAGACCAACUUAUUGGGCACUAUAUAAAUAUUUAUCACAAUUUUUAGGUGAUCCAAGGGUUGUUAAAUUAAAUAGAUUUUUUUGGUUACCUAUUUUAUAUGGUUUUAUAUUGCCUUUCAGAAGUGGAAAUUCUGCAUCAAAAUAUAAAAAAAUAUGGACCAAAGAAGGAUCUCCCUUAUGUGUUAAUACAUAUAACCAAUAUAUGGCUUUAAAAAAACUUUUAUUUGAAAAAUAUAAUGACAAAAUUAUAAUUAGUUAUGGGAUGAGAUAUGGUGAAAAAUCAAUAAAAAAUGGAUUAGAUUAUUUAAAAAAAGAAAACAUAAAUAAACUUUUAAUUUUUCCAUUAUAUCCUCAAUCGGCUGAAUGCACAGUUGCAUCCACUUUAGAUAGUGUUAGUGAUAGUUUAAAAAACUGGAUAAAUAUACCAGAAUUAAGAUUCUUAUCAGGUUAUUGUUUUCAUGAAAGAUAUAUAAAUUCUUUAAAAGAAAAUAUUGAAAAUUUCUGGAAAGUUAACGGAAAAGGGAAAAAAUUAAUAAUAUCAUAUCAUGGUUUACCUACUAAAACUGUGAUGGAAGGAGAUUUGUAUCCUUUUUUUUGUAUUGAAAGCACUAACAAAUUAAUUCAUAAGUUAAAUUUAAAAAAAGAUAAUUAUGUUUUAGCUUUUCAAUCAAGAAUUGAAGGACAAGAAUGGAUACAGCCUAACAUAGAAGAUAUUAUAAUAAAACUAGCUCUUGAAGGAUAUGAUAAAGUUGAUGUAAUAUGUCCAUCUUUUUCUUCUGAUUGUUUAGAGACAUUAGAAGAAAUUAAAAUAAGCUAUCAAGAAUUAUUUCAAAAACAUUGUAAAGGAGAAUUAAGAUAUAUUAAAUGUUUAAAUGAUUCUAAAAUUGGCAUAGACCUUCUUAUGAAUAUUAUUGAAGAAAAUAUAGUUGGGUGGACAUAA